CUAACCUCCCUGCUUCGAGAUCUUCUUCGCCCGCUGCUCCCAUCUCUCUCUCCCCCGCGAUCAUGGGGACUCUUGGGAGAGCGAUCUACGCAGUCGGAUUUUGGAUUCGAGAGACCGGCCAAGCCAUCGAUCGCCUCGGCUGCCGCUUCCAGGGCAACUACUACUUCCAAGAGCAGUUGUCAAGACAUCGCACACUUAUGAACAUAUUUGAUAAAGUUCCAAAUGUUCACAAAGAUGCAUUUGUAGCUCCAAGUGCAUCUGUCAUGGGAGAUGUUCAAGUGGGACAAGGCUCCUCAAUCUGGUAUGGAUGUGUUUUAAGAGGUGAUGUUAACAGCAUCCGCAUUGGAUCUGGAACUAAUAUACAAGAUAAUUCUCUCGUGCAUGUAGCGAAAUCUAAUGUAAGUGGGAGGGUCUUACGAACCAUUAUUGGAGAUAAUGUUACAGUUGGUCAUAGUGCUGUCUUACAUGGAUGCACUGUUGAGGAUGAAGCUUUCGUUGGAAUUGGGGCAACCCUGCUUGAUGGAGUGGUUGUGGAGAAACAUGGCAUGGUUGCUGCUGGGGCCCUUGUAAGGCAGAAUACAAAAAUCCCAGGCAGGGAGGUAUGGGGAGGUAAUCCAGCAAAGUUCCUGAGGAAGCUUACAGAAGAAGAAAUAGCUUUCAUUUCCCAAUCUGCAACAAACUAUUCCAAUUUGGCCCAGGUGCAUGCUGCAGAGAAUGCUAAACCAUUUGAUGACAUUGAGUUUAAGAAGGUAUUGCAUAAGAAGUUUGCUCGUCGAGAUGAGGAGUAUGACUCAAUGCUUGGAGUGAUUCAUGAAGUUCCUCCCGAGUUGAUUCUUCCUGAUGAUGUCAUGCCAGACAAAUCUCCCAAGCCUUCUCACUGAUUUCAUCCGAGUUAGUUAACCCUCUUCACGAAAAUGAUGAGUUUAGUAGGAAUGUUAACGAGCAUGGCACUUUCUUUUUCUUUCUCAUUUCAUUAAGUUUCUACUCAAGCUCUGUAAUAAGACUGACCUUGUACUUUUUGGGUUGUCAGGGCAUUUGAUCCUUUUUGUGCCCUCACAAAAAUUCCUAAAGUUCUCAGAUGAAAGCAAUAUAAAUUCUGUUCUCGAUUACAAAGUA